AUGGCGCUGGGAUUGGAGAAGCUCCACGCGGGGGCAGGAGCAGCCCAAGGCAGUAAAAACACCACAGGCGACAUCCUGGAACGCUGGGGGUCCCGCCGCGCAGAGGACCUGGAUGGAAACACCUGGACAUCUCUGGCCGCGUGCCGGGUGGGCGUGGGCUGUGCCACUGACCAGGUGUCUUGUCCUUCCCCGCAGAAGUGCAUCCGGUUUAACCCGGACGCCACCGUGUGGGUUGCGAAGCAGCGGAUUCUGUGCUCCUUGACCCAGAGCUUGAAGGACGUCCUGAACUACGGGCUGUUCCAGCCAGCCAGCAACGGGCGGGACGGGAAAUUCCUGGACGAGGAGCGGCUCCUGCGCGAGUACCCGCAGCCUGUGGGCAAGGGCGUCCCCUCCCUGGAGUUUCGAUACAAGAAGCGCGUGUAUAAGCAAUCCAAUCUGGACGAGAAGCAGUUGGCCAAGCUGCACACAAAGACCAAUCUGAAAAAGUUCAUGGACCACAUUCAGCACCGUUCGGUGGAGAAGAUCGUCAAAAUGCUGGAACGAGGCCUGGAUCCGAAUUUCCAUGACCUGGACACUGGAGAGACCCCACUGACCUUAGCUGCUCAGCUGGACGAGCCCGCGGAGGUGAUCAAAGCUCUCAGAAACGGCGGGGCUCACCUGGACUUCCGCGCCAGAGAUGGGAUGACUGCCCUGCACAAAGCCGCCCGAGCCAGGAACCAAGUGGCCCUGAAGACCCUUCUGGAGCUGGGAGCAUCGCCUGAUUACAAAGACAGCUACGGGCUCACGCCGCUGUACCACACCGCGAUCGUCGGGGGGGAUCCCUACUGCUGUGAACUGUUGCUCCACGAACACGCCACCGUGUGCUGCAGGGACGAGAACGGCUGGCACGAGGUCCACCAGGCCUGCAAAUACGGCCACGUGCAGCAUCUGGAGCACCUGCUCUUCUAUGGGGCCGACAUGGCGGCCCAGAACGCCUCGGGGAACACAGCCCUGCACAUCUGCGCCCUCUAUAACCAGGGCCACUUAGUAGAUAUUUUUGGCUUUGUGGGCCACGUGGGCUUGGUCACAGCCAUCCCACUCUGCCGCUGCGGCAUGAACUCAGCCACAGACAACACCGAGGGUCCCAAGAUCAGCCUGCUGCUGCUCUAG